CGAGCGCUUUCCUCGACACACCGACAACAUGGCCAACGACGACGCAAAGCGCAAAGCUACCGCGCCCCUCGACCCAGUUUCCCCCUCCAAACGACCCAAGCAGUCCAGCGAAACACCCUCCGAUGUCGCGCCCCCAGUCAAACGAAUCGUGCCCUUUCCUCAGAAGCCCGCCGAGGUCGAAGAGAGAAAUGGCGAGAUCGAGUUCAGGGUCGUGAACAAUGAUGGCAGGAGAGAGAGCACGAUCAUCCUUACUGGUCUGAAGUGCAUAUUUCAGAAGCAGUUGCCUAAGAUGCCAAAGGAUUACAUCGCGCGUCUCGUAUACGACCGCACCCAUCUUAGUAUAGCCAUCGUCAAGAAGCCGUUGGAAGUCGUAGGUGGCAUAACCUACCGUCCCUUCCACGGCCGCCAAUUUGCCGAAAUCGUCUUCUGCGCCAUCUCCUCAGACCAGCAAGUGAAGGGCUACGGCGCCCACCUAAUGUCUCACCUCAAAGACUACGUCAAAGCCACCUCAGACGUGAUGCACUUCCUAACCUACGCCGACAACUACGCCAUCGGCUACUUCAAAAAGCAAGGCUUCACCAAGGAAAUCACGCUCGAGAAGUCGCGCUGGAUGGGCUACAUCAAGGACUACGAGGGUGGCACUAUAAUGCAGUGCUCCAUGGUCCCCAAGAUCCGGUACCUCGAGUCCGGCCGCAUGCUGCUCAAGCAGAAAGAAUGCGUCAACGCGAAAAUCCGCGCCGUCUCCAAAUCCUACCACAUCCACCAGCCCCCCACCCAGUGGAAAUCCAGCCUCUGUAAAAUUGACCCCCUCUCCAUCUCGGCCAUCAAGGACUCCGGCUGGUCCCCGGACAUGGACGAGCUCGCCCGCGCCCCCCGCCACGGCCCCAACUACAACCAGCUCUUGCACCUGCUCAACGACAUGCAGAACAACAGCAACGCCUGGCCCUUCCAGCAGCCCGUCAACAAGGACGAGGUCCUCGACUACUACGACGUCAUCAAGGAGCCCAUGGACCUCGCCACCAUGGAGGAGAAGCACGAGAAGGAUCUUUAUCCCAAUCCCGAGGACUUUAUCCGCGACGCCAAGUUGAUCUUUGAUAAUUGUCGGCGCUAUAAUAAUGAGACGACGCCGUACGCGAAGGCGGCGAAUCGCCUGGAAAAGUUUAUGUGGAGCAAGAUUAGGGAGAUCCCGGAGUGGGCGCAUCUUGAAGGCGAGUUCACUGGGAAAUGAGCCGUUUGUUGUAUUGGCAAGUAAAGGCGUUCGUUCAUCCCGUGUUUUCAUCUUCAUUGCGCGGCGUCUGCUUGGGGAAUUUCAUGAUGGCGCAUGUUACUGGAGGCGAGCACGGGAGUUCUGGAUAUGGGCAUGAUACCACUUGACAUAGUUUUGGGCACAGCGUUCGGCAAUAUAGCGUUGCAAUAUGAAAAUCUGUUGGUCUGUG